AUGAACCACGGCGGCGAGAGUCUGAAGAAGCAAGCCAUUCAGAAAGCCAAGAACAUUGCCCACGCCGUCCCGUCGUCGAGCAGUAACAACAACAACAACAACGGCAACGGCAGCACGGGGAAUGGCAAGAAGCGCCGCAAGCAGGAUCUGAAGCCCAUCAUCACCACCGAGGAGCAGCAGGCGGCGGGUGGAAACAACAACAACAACAACAACAACAACAACCCAUAUAGGUGAGCAGCCCCAUCUCAGCAUCUCCUGUCCUGAAUCAUGCACUUGGGCAGCACUGGUGGUGAGGUGGGCGCGGCGCGGCGCGGAAUGGAAAGGGAAGCGGCAGCACCGCCAGUGGCAGCGGCAGCGGCAGCGACAGCGACAGAAGCAGAGGAGGAGACGGCGGUGGUGAGUGAUGAGAGGUGAGGCUCAUUUCAUGAACUUCAUCAAUUCAUCACUGCUCCUACCUACAUGUACCGUCGUCGCUGGGCUCGGCUUCUGCUCUGCUCUGCUCUGCUCUGCUCUGUGCUGUAGCUGUGCUGUGCUUUGCUUUGCUUUGCCCGCCUCCGCACGCCGCCGCCGCCGCCGCGACGUUUUAACUCCAGGCCCGAGACUUUCCUUGGCCAACAUCGCUGCCCAGCCCAGCUCCAUCCUGCCCACCUACCACCUACCACCUACCACCUACCACCUACCACCUACCUUACCCAAACUACCUAGCCUGCACCCAUCCACCACCCACUGACCUGUGCUGCGCUGUUGACCUCACCGUCACCAACCUGCACACUGCACUCACACGCCGCUGCGCCUGCGCCUGCUCCUGCUCCUGCUCCUGCACCUACCACCUACCACCGAAACCCCCACAUCCCCAUCACAUCAUCCGCCACACAUCCAUGGAAACCACUGACCUGAUCGCGCCCUCGCCGCUGUCAUGAUCUCUGCCUCCAUAUAAUGCUGACCCCCGAUCCGCACAACAGCGCGCAGAGCAACCAGUCCCCGUUGAACCACAGCAAGCCCGUCUACGGACACGACCUCCACCAAUCCCCCUCCGGCUCCGAGUCCUCAGGCGACGAGGGCACCGAAAACACGGCGGACGAAGAGGACUCCGAGGACUACUGCAAGGGUGGUUACCACCCCGUGCAAGUAGGCGAACAAUACAAAGAUGGCAAAUACACCAUAGUGCGCAAGCUGGGAUGGGGCCAUUUCUCCACCGUCUGGCUGUCCAAGGACAACACCACCGGCAAGCACGUCGCCCUCAAGGUCGUUCGCUCCGCCGCGCACUACACAGAGACCGCGCUCGAUGAGAUCAAGCUGCUCAACAAGGUCGUCGAGGCCAACAAGGACCACCCGGGCCGGCGCCACGUCGUGAGCUUGCUCGAUUCCUUCAAUCACAAGGGACCGCAUGGCAUGCACGUCUGCAUGGUCUUUGAGGUGCUGGGCGAGAAUUUACUGGGUCUGAUCAAGCGAUGGAACCACCGCGGAAUCCCCAUGCCUCUCGUCAAGCAGAUCACCAAGCAAGUGCUUCUCGGACUCGACUACCUGCACCGCGAGUGCGGCAUCAUCCACACCGAUCUGAAGCCCGAGAACGUCCUCAUCGAAAUCGGCGACGUCGAGCAGAUUGUCAAGACAUACGUCAAGGAAGACGCCAAAGAGAAGGACGAUCACCGCAAUGGCCGCCGACGGAGACGUACUCUAAUCACCGGUAGCCAACCUCUCCCGAGUCCCCUCAACACCAGCUUCUCACAGUCCGAUCUCGCCGACUUCCCCGGCAGUACACAGAGCUUGAACAAGAUUGUCAGCGAAGGAAAAGGUAAUUCGCCCAUCAAAGGGGCGUCGCCGACGUCCAAGGAUGGCGCUGAAAUGAGCGGUGCUAUAGGAUCUUCAUCACAAACCACGCCGCCAAAAUCGAUGCUCGAGAGUCUCGGCAUCAAGGCCGAUGCAUCCGGUGCUGAGGCCCUGUCUUCCGACAAGGACCCGCAGAAAGAGAGAGAAAAGACCGCGUGAGUAGACUCGCCUCCAGUGGCCCUCAGAGUGUUCAGGUGUGACUGAUUGCAGACGCAGCGAAAUCCUCGCAAAUAAUGUUUCAGAUAUGGAUCUUGGCAAGUCCCACGCCGUCAAGCCCAAGGAGACGGGCAAACAGGACGAUGGCAUCGACAUCAUUUCGGUCAAGAUUGCAGAUCUGGGCAACGCAUGCUGGGUAGGACACCACUUCACAAACGACAUCCAAACCCGGCAAUAUAGGUCGCCAGAGGUCAUCCUUGGCGCGAAGUGGGGCGCCAGCACGGAUGUUUGGAGUAUGGCAUGCAUGGUAAGCUGAGAAUCGGAUUCAAUAUGUCUUGAUGAGACGUCUGACGGUGGCGCCAGGUGUUUGAGCUGAUCACUGGAGACUAUCUCUUCGACCCGCAGUCAGGCACCAAGUACGGCAAGGACGACGAUCACAUUGCGCAAAUCAUCGAGCUUCUGGGCACGUUCCCCAAAAGCUUGUGUAUUUCGGGCAAAUGGUCGCAGGAGAUAUUCAAUCGCAAGGGAGAGCUGCGCAACAUUCACCGCCUACGACACUGGGCUCUACCGGACGUGUUGCGGGAGAAGUAUCACUUUUCGGUCGAGGAGAGCAAGCGGAUAGCGGAUUUCUUGCUGCCCAUGCUCGAGCUGCAGCCUGCAGAGCGGGCCAACGCUGGCGGGAUGGCCAAUCAUCAGUUCUUGGACGGCACGAAGGGCAUGGACCCGGUGAAGCUGGAGAUACCCGUGGGAAGCAAGGGUGAUGGCAUAGAAGGCUGGUCGACAGAGGUCAAGAAGGUGCGGUAG